AUGAUAUUCUUUAGUCGGCGAUCUUCUUCUAUUAUUAUUGCUGUUAUCUUCGUCGUAGUGCUCUUAGCUCUUCCGACUUGCUUGGCAUUGCAGGGAAAAGAACAAGAUAAACAUUUUUCCUCAGAAACACAGUUAAGAGAAUGGAAAUGUCCUAGUUCUCCUUUCUGCUCCAAAGGCAAUGCCCCAUUAUGGACGAAACUAAAGUACUGUCUCUUCUCAUCUAUUCCUCUUGCUAAAAUACGACAGGAACUACCAUUUGCAACCAGUGAUGCUGCCCGCCGUAUUGCUAUGGAGAAUGUAGAGGAACUUCUCUUCACACAUGUAGUUGGACAGGAUCAUGUAACACAUGCGAUUGCAGAGGCUAUUCGACAAAAGAUGGCUUCUCCAGGAGAUCCACUCGUCCUUCACUUUGCAGGCGAUAAUGGAGUUGGUAAAACCCACACCGCACGACUUUUAUCCUUGGCGUUAUCUUUACGUUGUGCACAAGCACGUCCUCAGUGUGAUGUGGGAGAUAAUAUGUUGGUGAUAUCAGGAACCAGCUUUGAUGAAUUAGAUAUUACAGAAGCCCGACAAAGUAUUGUCAGGCGCAUUACUGCACAUCAACGUUAUUAUCCACAUGGUAUUAUAUUAAUAGAUGAUCUCACUGCCAUGCAUCCUAAACUUGUAGCUGCUUUAGCCCCAUUAUUUGGUCGAGCUGAGCGAUUUAACGAACAACCAGAGAAUGGUCCAUCUCUUGCCCAAUUAACCGUUGUCGUUACCACAGACUUUGGUCAACAAGGACGAACAUGGGGGAAAAGUGUGGUGGAAAUAGAACAGAUGGUACGUGUGGAUUUCGCUGGUUUAUAUGGAACUCUGGUUCCUGCCUUUGCACGUACAAUGGUGUUUGUCUCUCUCUCUCAACAAUCUGCAGAGGAGAUGGUGCGAAAAGCCGCUGCGGCUCUCGCCUGUCUGAACAAUUGGGGUGGUGGUACAGUAAUGGCAAGUACAAUUGAGGAAUUGGCGGUUGCGUAUCUUGUAGAGCGUUAUCGAGAUACGUGGGAAGGCAGAGAGAAUGGACAUGCCCUUAGACGAGUUGUGCAGGAUACAUUAGUGCCACUCUUAUUACAAUACUUUGAUAGAGAAGGACACGAUCAGGCCGUUUGGGCACGUUUCCGUCUAGACACAACGGCAGGGAAGAUUAUUCUUGAUACUGGCAGAGAUGAGAAUGGAUUGGAUCCAUCCUAUGUGGAUUCCGUUGAGGCUGGAACUGGUACUAGUGGUGCAUUAGGUGAUUCUGUGGGAAAGAAGAGAAGGGAUGAGGAACGUCAUGUUAUUAAUGAUGAUUUCUGA